AUGUACCUGAUCACCAUGCUGGGAAACCUGCUCAUCAUCCUGGCCGUCAGCUCAGACCCCCACCUCCACACGCCCAUGUACUUCUUCCUGUCCAACCUGUCCUUCGUGGACAUCUGCUUCACUUCCACCACUGUCCCUAAGAUGCUGGUGAACAUCCAAGUCCACAGCAAAGUCAUCUCUUAUGAGGGUUGCAUCACCCAGAUGUAUCUCUUCAUACUCUUUGCAGCAGUGGACAUUCUUCUAUUGACAGCAAUGGCCUAUGACCGCUAUGUGGCCAUCUGCCACCCCCUGCACUACACAGUCAUCAUGAACCCCCGGCUCUGUGGGCUUCUGCUUCUACUUUCCUGGGUCACCGUGGUCUCUUUGUUUUAUGGCACUUCCCUAGGGGUGUACCUGAGCUCUGCUGUGACCCAGAACUCACAGCGCAAUACCGUUGCCUCCGUGAUGUACACGGUGGUCACCCCCAUGCUGAACCCCUUCAUCUACAGCCUCAGGAACAAAGACAUCAAGGGCGCUCUGACAAGUCUCCUUGGGAAGAAACAAUGA